AUGGAGGGCGCCAAGCCCAAGCGGAGCGUGGAGGACGUUUGGCGGGAGCUCAACGCGCCGCGCCCCGUCGUACGCAGCGCUGCCGCGUCAGGCAUGGCCACGUUCGGGAUCCCAGGCGUGACGACCCACACACGCAUCCUGCCCCGGCAUCCGCCAACUGGGAGUGCGGCCGCCCCGGGGGCUCAGCAAGGCGGCGACGCCGGCAGCAACGCAGUGCCCACGACGACAGCGCCGCCCUCCGAGCCGCCGUCCGCGCCCUCCUGCUCGCCUGAGCAAGCAGGCGUAAGCGGUGCGGAGCUGCAGUCCUACCUGGCGGGCAUGCAGCGGACCAUCAACUGCCUGACAGACCCCGACCGCUCCACGCGGCGGUCUGCCAUCGACGCUAUCUCGGCCAAGCUGCUGCGCGGCGACGCGGCCUCGCCGGCCGCGGCGCCGCAGAUGCUCCAGGCCGCGCUGUGCGGGCAGCUGCUGCAGCCGCUGCUGGCCAUGCUGGGGGACCCCGUGGAGCGCUGCCGCGCCGGCGCGCUGCAGCUGCUGCUCGAAGCGAGUGCGCGCGUGCCGCAGCUCGAGCCGCUGCUGCCGCCGCUGCUCGGCGCGCUGGGCGCGCGGGUGGGGCAGCUGCCGCCCCUGGAGCCCGCGGAGGAGCUGCGGCUGCAGGCGGCGGCGCUGGUGGGGCGAGCAGUGGAGCGCGCGUCACCCAGCGCGCUGGCGGCGCAGUCGGGGGAGCUGUGUGGGCUGCUUGCGGCGGGGCUGGCGGACCCCUACCACGAGAUCAAAAAGUCGUCGGCGGCCGCGCUGGCGGUGCUGGCGGGGCGCGUGGAGCCGGCGGUUCUUGAGUCGCACGCAGAGCGGUUGGUUCAGGUGCUGACGGCCGGCCUGAGCCACCCGCACAGCCGCGUGCGCCUGUCGCUGCUGUCUGCGCUCGACGCGCUGCUUUCCGUAGGCGCGGUGCCGCAGCAGCUGGUGCAGGGUGCCGUGGCGCCGGGGGUGCGGCCGCUGGCCGCGGACCGGGCGUCUGCGGUGCGGGAAGCCUUCUUCGCUGCAGCAGCCCGUUGGAUGGGGGCGGGCGGCGGCGGCGGCGAGGCGGCGGGGGCGAGGGCGCAGCUGCACGCGCCGCUGCUGCUGCCGCUGCUGCUGCUGGGCGUCAGCGACGAGUCAGGGUCUGUUGCUGAGCUGGCGCUGGCUCAGGUGGAGGCUGUUGGGGACGCCUGGCAGUUUGGCAGGGGCAGCGGUGACGCGGCUGCGGCAGGGGCCGGGGCGGCGGCGCCGAUGGAGAGCGGCGAGGAGGCUGUGGCGGCGCCGAUGCAGGUCGAUGGAUGUGGCAGCUUAUCAUUGAGAGGGGACGGGGUUGAGCAGGCCGCUGACACAGGAGGCGAAGCUGCGGUGCAGCAGGCGGCGGUCGCGGCUGCGGCGCUGCCGCCGCCGUACAGGGGCCUCCCCGGCGCCGGCGCGCGCGCGAUGGGCGCCGCGCUGCUGCCUGAGCUGCUGCCGCCGAUGCUGCGGGACCUCCGGGA